ACUUGAAUGGAUAAAAUAACAUAGACAUAAUUUGAUUUAACAACAUUCCAAACUGAUUAUUUGAGACCUAUUCCUAACAUUCUCAACUCAGAAUUUUAAUGGAAUGAUAAUAUGGCCAUAAUUAAUGUAUAAUGGAACUAUUCUCUUGAAGUCAAUUAAGAUAAAGUUAGCCAAGUUAGAGAAAUCAUACAAAAUACAUGCACAACUGAAAUACGUGAUGAAGAAUAAAAGGUGCUAUUACACACCAUUAAUUAUAGAUUUUAAUCCAAUAUCUAUAAAAUGAAAAAGACAUGCUUAAAAAUUGUGGAUUCACUUGUCAAAAGCUACCAUUAAUCAUAGAAAAAAAUAAAGAUAUAGCACAUUUUUUAUUAAUAUCAAUAUGUCAUUUAGAUGGAUUUGAAGAGUAAUUAAAUACUUAAUAAUAUCCUAGAUUCUUAGAUGUUUUUAUUCAAACUGAUGUCACUUAAAAUUCCUUAGAAUUAUUUGCUUAACUGUUUGGAGAACUUAAAUUACCUUAAGAAUAUAUCACCUAGUAUAUCAAUUAUUGCAUUGAGUUUUGCAACAAUAUUAAAGUAUAUCAAUCAAUAUAUUUAGGAAAAAUAAUCGUAGAAUAAACUCGUUAGAUAUGUAUCAAUAUUUAUUUAAUAAAUGCUUAAAUAAAAAGCAUUUGCCACUAAAGAUGUCUUAACCAACGUAACAAAUUAUUUAAUUUAGUUAUAAGCCUUUUGUAUUGAGUUCUCUAAAGUGGGUGAAGUGUCAAGACUCUUUAAAUUAGUUAAAGGAUAAGAGCCAACAACCUAAUGAUAAAUACC